CAGCUGCGCUGCGGUACCUUCAGCAAUAUGGCAGAAGAUUUGCGAUAACAGGUUUCGAAGACAGUCUGCCCACAAUCCAGUACAUGGAGACAGUAUUCAAAUGGUUCACUAUACACAACAUCAGAAGUACCACCUUUCACAUAGUAAGCCGGGACCCAAACAGGAUGCCGUUCAGCUCUCCAGAUGAUGACAGGUUGCUGUGGCUAGAAAAAGAAUUUUUGCCCUUCUUCGCAUCGUGGAAGGCCGCAGCACCCCACAAGAGGGCAUUCAUAUCUCUCGAAACAGACGAAGCUUUGCAGGUCACCAUAAUGUCCACAGUCCGGUGCACACAAUUCCUCCUCCGUUCCGGUUUCCUUUAUGUGUUGACUUCAAAAUUCUCCAGUGACCCUGUCGAGGCACUUUUUUCCACCAUUCGGCAACUAAAUGGGUCGAACGACCUGACAGACGCCCGUGCAGCACUUUCAUCUAUGCAAAAAGCUCUGGUGAUGGGCAUGUUUCACUCAUCACCAAGCGGCAGCACAGAGAAGGCAAUGGGUCCUCUUGGAUCCCACCCCGCCCUUUCAACCUCGUGGCCCACAGAGGAAACGAAUUCAACAGCACUACAAGAGUCAAGAACCGUUCAAGAGCCAUCAGCCGAGGCUUCAUCAGCGAUGCCUGCUCCGACAAUGGGACAAGCGAUGCGGCCACAUUUGGCGGCUCUACGGAUUUACUGUGGUGGGUUUUGCGUCGUAAAUUAAUUGCAAUGUAAUCAGUUCAAUUGGCCACAAUUGUGCGUGGUGCGAAGCUACUUGCCCUGUAGUGUGUGAAUGGAGAAGAGCGUGUCAAUUAUUGCACGCUCAUAUGUAAAUGACGAGUACCAAUAGACAGAGUGACCUAUGUACCCAGAAAUAAAAAAGGAGGCCUUCGGCAGC